GGUUGAGGAAGGAGCUGUUACAGCCUAGCUGGACUCAGCAGCUCUACCAUGAGGUUCCCUGUGUGUCUGACCUUGCUGGUACUGCUUGUAGCCCAAGGAACAGGGAAAGACUGUCCUCACAAAAAGGCUGCUACUCUUCUGCCAUCCUUCACGGAGACACCUACAACCACCGGAAGCACAGCAAGCCCUACGACCACCCACAGGCCCACCACAACCAGCCACAGGCCCACCACAACCAGCCACAGGCCCACCACCACCAGCCACAGGCCCACCACCACCAGCCACAGGCCCACCACCACCAGCCACAGGCCCACCACCACCAGUCAUGGGAAUGCCACAGUUUCUCCCACCACAAACAGUCCAGGCUUCUCCACUGUUGGCCCUCACCCUGGACCACCUCCGCCCUCACCAAGUCCUAGUCCAAGCUCUACUGGGGCUCUUGGAAACUACACAUGGACUAAUGGUUCCCAGCCAUGUGUUCAGCUCCAAGCCCAAAUUCAAAUUCGCAUCUUGUACCUGACCCAGGGUGGAAAAAAGGCCUGGGGCCUCUCUGUAUUGAACCCGAACAAAACCAAGGUCCAGGGGGGCUGUGACAGUGCCCAUCCCCACUUGGCUCUCUCAUUCCCUUACGGACAGCUUACCUUUGGAUUCAAACAGGACCGACAUCAGAGCCACAGUACAGUCUACCUUAACUACAUGGCAGUGGAAUACAAUGUGUCCUUCCCACAAGCAGCACAGUGGACAUUCUCAGCGCAGAAUUCAUCUCUUCAAGAGCUCCAAGCUCCCCUGGGCCAAAGCUUCUGUUGCGGAAAUACAAGCAUAGUUCUUUCUCCAGCAAUUCACCUGGACCUGCUCUCCCUGAGGCUGCAGGCUGCUCAGUUGCCGGACAAGGGACACUUCGGGCCAUGCUUCUCUUGCGCCAGUGACCAAUCUCUCUUGCUGCCUCUCAUCAUUGGCCUGGUCCUCCUGGGCCUCCUCACCCUGGUGCUCAUUGCCUUCUGCGUUACCCGGAGACGACAAUCAACCUACCAGCCCCUCUGAGCAUUUGCUCCAGUCCACUCUGUAGGCCACCAAGGAGCAUCCUCAUUUCUUCAGCAUGCAAUUGACUCAACAGAGUUAUCUCCCUUCUCUGUCUUUAAGAACAAAAUUAAGAGAUUUUUAUAAUAGGGGUGGGGAAUUAAUAAACAUGCAUGGUACGCA